GACUAGUGGGGUAUGAGUUGACGUAUCCAAAACACGUCCGUUGUUUGACCACGACCGUGGACGCAUCUCAGUGUGUGUCCGUAGUGAGCGCGCGCGACAACUUCACCAACCCAAUACCAUGCGCCAGCUGAGCGCCAAAAUCUGAAUUCGAAUUUAGAAUUUUUUCUUUUUUUUCUGUUUAUUUUUUAAAACCAGAUUCAGAAUGUGGAAGUGUUUAUUUAUUGUGGUGAUUGUGGCAUUGACUUUCACUUGCUCUGAGGGCGAUGUAGUCCAGGAUACGAGAGGAUUGUACACGAAGAAUGUCUUCGGCGGCUUAUGGGGCAACCGGCCGCCGCUGAUAGAAGCCAACCAACCCAGGACCACGUGUUCUUGCAAAUGUGGCGAAAGGAAUGAGGUGUCGCGUAUCGUGGGCGGUGAUGAGGCUGGCAUCAACGAGUUCCCCUGGAUGGCUCGUCUGUCCUACUUCAAGCGGUUCUACUGCGGGGGGAUGCUCAUCAAUGAUAGAUAUGUGCUCACAGCCGCACAUUGUGUUAAAGGAUUCAUGUGGUUCAUGAUCAAAGUGACCUUCGGAGAGCAUAACCGGUGCAACGCCACUUCUCGGCCCGAGACUCGGUUUGUGCUGCGAGCCAUCGCCAACAAGUUCAGCCUCACCAACUUCGACAAUGAUAUAGCUCUGCUCCGCCUGAACGAGAGAGUUCCCAUUUCGGAGACCAUCAAGCCGAUCUGUUUGCCUACGAACAACCAAAACCUCUAUGUGGGCGUGAAAGCCGUCGCAUCAGGUUGGGGUACCCUCACCGAGGAGGGCAAGGUAUCAUGCACGCUGCAAGAAGUAGAAGUACCAGUCAUCAGCAACCAGGAGUGCCGGAACACCAAGUAUACCGCCUCUAUGAUCACGGACAACAUGCUGUGUGCUGGUUAUCCGAAGACGGGACAAAAGGAUUCUUGCCAGGGCGACAGCGGUGGACCACUGAUAGCCGAGAGGAAACACGACAAGCGCUACGAGCUGAUCGGCGUAGUGUCAUGGGGCAACGGUUGCGCAAGAGUUGGUUACCCGGGCGUUUACACUCGAGUUACUAACUACAUCGACUGGAUACGUGAGAACACGCAGGAUGGCUGCUACUGCACCGAUUAUGUCGCGAUGUUGUGGUGUUAUAUAGUUUGUUUUAUAAGUGUAUUGUCAAGCAGUUCACCGCUCAGCCUAAAUAAGGACGACCUCGUGAUUUCCGAGGACUCUUUCCGUGGACCUUCACAUUAUGUCAAAAGGGAGCUAUCCCCGUGCGAAGACUGUGCUUGUGGAGAGCGCAACGAGGAGCCCCGAGUGGUGGGCGGUAUGGAGUCUGAUGUCAACGCGUUCCCGUGGUUGGGACGACUCAUAUACGAGAAAUCAUUCGGAUGCGCUGCCUCACUCAUUAACGACAAGUUCGUCAUCUCCGCUGCCCAUUGUAUGAAAGGUUUCAUGUGGUUCAUGUUCCGAGUGAAAUUCGGCGAACAUGAUCGCUGCGACAAAACUAAGUUUGCCGAAACUCGGUACGUCGUAAAGGUGAUCGCUCACAGCUUCACACUGACUGAUCUGAGCAAUGACAUAGCUCUGCUGAUGCUCAACAAGCGAGUUGAGUAUACACACGCUAUCAGGCCCGUGUGUUUGCCAAAAACUGAUGAUACAUUAUACACUGGAACAACAGCAUUAGUAGCCGGUUGGGGAGCCAUGAACGAGACUGGCCAGUGGUCCUGCACCGUCCGGGAGGCAGAGUUACCAGUGCUGAGCAAUGAGGCCUGUCGAAACACCAACUAUAAUGCCUCCAAGAUUAAAGAAGUCAUGAUGUGUGCUGGUUUCCCUGAGACGGCUCAUAAAGAUGCUUGCACUGGUGACAGUGGAGGUCCACUGAUUGCAGAAAAUGAGGAACACAUGUAUGAUCUAAUAGGAAUAGUUUCAUGGGGAUUUGGAUGCGCUAGAAAAGGAUAUCCGGGAGUUUACACAAGAGUAACAAAAUACUUAGAUUGGAUCAGAGAUAACACCCAGGAAGGCUGUUACUGCAAAUACUGAGUAUUGAUUUUCAAAUCAAAAUGUGUACACAAAAGAAGACGAAAGAAUUUUUUAUGGAGGAUCAAGAAAUGAUCAAGCGAGAGAUAAGUAAACCUAUCUCACACCUCGCUGUUUACCUACAUUGCUCUCGGUCAGACGAUAAGAAAAAUGCAAUAAACAAUUUUAUUUUAAUUAAAAA